CCGGACUGUCCAUUAGACCCCCUACACCACUAUACGAGAGCCACCAUGCGUCAGCUGAAGCACCACGAGAAGAAGCUCCUCAAAAAAGUAGACUUUCUGAACUGGAAGCAAGAUGCCAGCCAGCGGGAGAUCAAAGUGAUGCGAAAGUAUCAUAUCCAAGACCGAGAAGACUAUCACAAAUACAACAAGCUGUGUGGUUCUUUACGGUCUUUGAUCCACAAACUCUCGCUCUUACCCGCCCAAGAUCCGUUUAGGCAGCAGAGAGAGACGGAGAUGUUGAAUAAGCUGUAUGAUAUGGGUAUCCUCGACAUCGGCGUCAAACCCUCCGAAAUCGAAACCAAAGUAACAGUCUCCUCCAUCGCCCGCCGCCGCCUCGCCGUCAUCGUCGCCCGCCUCAAAAUGGCCGAAACAGUCUCCGACGCCGUCAAGACGAUCGAACAGGGGCAUAUCCGUGUAGGCCCGGCGCCGGUGACGGACCCGGCGAUGCUGAUUACGAGGGGGCAGGAGGAUUUCGUCACUUGGGUGGAUACGAGUGCUAGGAAGAGGACUGUUAUGAAGUAUAAUGAUGAGUUGGAUGAUUUCGAUCUGCUGUAAUGCUUGUAUAGAAGCGAGCGAGUGAGCGAGAGAGAGAGAGAAGGAGGGAGGGGAUGGAGGCAGGGGUUGGAGGAUAUUGUACCGAUUACAAGGAUACCCGGCAUCACACUUUUGGCAUGUACAUUGUACCACACUCGCCAGUCGCCGGUAGAAAAAGACGUAUGCGUUUGCACGCUUG